CUCACUGCAGGGUGUAAUAUACUGCCACUCUCCGUCCCUACCUGAGUGCCGUGCGGGCCACAUUGCAGGCCGCCCUCUGCCUGGAGAAUUUCUCCUCCCAGGUUGUGGAACGACACAACAAACCGGAGGUUGAAGUCAGGAGUAGCAAAGAGCUCCUGUUACAACCUGUGACCAUCAGCAGGAAUGAGAAGGAAAAGGUUCUGAUUGAGGGCUCCAUCAACUCUGUGCGGGUCAGCAUUGCUGUGAAACAGGCUGAUGAGAUUGAGAAGAUUUUAUGCCACAAGUUCAUGCGCUUUAUGAUGAUGCGAGCAGAGAAUUUCUUUAUCCUUCGAAGGAAACCAGUGGAGGGUUAUGACAUCAGUUUUCUGAUCACCAACUUCCACACAGAGCAGAUGUAUAAACACAAGUUGGUGGACUUUGUGAUCCACUUCAUGGAGGAGAUCGACAAAGAGAUCAGUGAGAUGAAGCUGUCGGUCAAUGCCCGUGCCCGUAUCGUAGCUGAGGAGUUCCUUAAGAAUUUUUAAACAUCUGACUGGAUCUCGUGGCCUUCCCCCUCAGAAUCUCCUGUGUCUCUGCAAAGGCAUCCUGGAGUCACUUCUCAGAGCGACAGCAGAAGCAGAGGAGGGGACCUGGGUUGGGGUGGGCAUUAAAUUCGGGAGGGGGGGUGGUGCGCUUGCUAGCUGGUGACAAAGCAGCAGUGAACUUGCCCCAAGGCCACACGUGCCUGGUCAGGCUGGCUUCUGAUGUUCAGUCCCCUGGGCGGACGGAUUUUUUUUUAGUGUCUUGAAAUUUAAACUCUGUGCUUGUAGGAAACUGUAACCUUUUUGUCUUUUUUUUUUUUUUUUUUUUUUUAAACAAAAACCUCCACCUCCA